UUGAAUGUCUCUGAUUUGGGGCUACCUUUUUUUUUUUCGGAGGAGGAGGGGAAGGAUUUGCUCAGUGAUACCCCUUCUACAAGCGCAUGAUGGGGCAAAAAUGGGCUUUGUGAUGGAGGUUGGGUGCAGAAGUACAUGGAGAUGGAUGAUACAGCAUCGCAUAAUAAUAGGUAAACAAAAUGAUCGAUUUACAUAUGCACGUCCGUGGGGAUGGCCUCAUUGUUGAAGUGUGGCGUUUCGGUCGCUGAUCCGUGAAUCAUGGCUGAUUUCCAGAGCCUUGGAUGUGAAUGCGCCACAAUUGUGAAACAGCAAGUGGGAAAAUAAGGGAGGAUGUCUGUCAUACGAGGGUCUUGGUUGGAUGGGAAUGUUGAGGG